UUGCAUUACUAAUUUUAUUGUGGAAAAAAAAAGUUAAAUGUAUUCAAGUUAUCGGCAAACCAAGUCCUACUAUCUCUCCUGUUUUGGUUUUGAAAAGAAAAGAAAAGGUAAAUGUAUUUUCUCAAAAAUGAUAACUACACAAAUAAAUAUUUAUUUGCAGUACGAAUACCGUAUAAACAGCCCACUUAAUUAUUAUUUUUGCAAAAAAAAAAAUCAGAACAAUUUUUGCUACAAAAUGAUACAUAUUUAUAAAUUCUUAGAUAAUAAUGCUAUAUACCAGUGAAUGCAAGAUAUACAUAUUUUAAAUAUUUGGUACUUAUUUAUUUAUGUACCAGUGAUCAUGAGAUUGUCCAGAAAUGCCUAAAUAUGUAUUGUUUUGCAGAGGAAAAAAUAAUUUGAUUUUUCUUUUUUUAUGUAAAAUCCACUUCGGUGAAAUAAAUAUUAUUAUUAUUUCCAGAAGAAUCAUCCUCAUUCAAUCGCGUGGCCUCCACCUACGGUCUAUCUUAGAUCACCAGCAUCGGAUACAUGUUCCAUCAGCAGCAUGAGAUAAUCGAGUCGAUCUUUCUUCUCUUUUCUUUUUUCUUUUUCUUUUUUUUUGCUAAAGAAAAAGGGCACUUGUGGUUCCGGCAACUUUAUCUCUUGCGUCGCCCGAAAAACUCGUAGCCUCGGUCAUGUCUUCGUUUAGCCAGGGCGUCGCACCGCCAUGGCUUGGUUAGAGCCGUCGACGGCCGCCUGGUGCGGCGGCGCUUCCACGAUCCCCUCGCCUCCCACACUCCGCCGGCUCGGACCACACCAUCGGCGGCUGCCGCCCGCUGGCGUUCUUAUUCCAUGCCAAGCGAUCCACCAACCCGAACACGUUCUCUUCCAUUCUUCAGCUACCAAUAACGAGAAGAAUGCCGCUAGAAUUAGUAGAAGGAGCUCGGUUCUUUUGCUGUUCCCGUUCCUGGUGGCCUCGUCGCCGUCAGCCGCUUCUCCGCCGGUUUCCGCCCACCUGGAGCUGUACACGGACCAGGGGGAGGGAUUUACCCUCCUGAAGCCUUCCUCUUGGGUUAAGGUGGAGAAGGCGGGGGCUGCGGCUUUGUUUGAAGAAGGGAAGGGGAGCAAUAACAUUGGAGUUGUGGUGAACCCCGUUCGCCUGUCCUCUCUCAAAGACUUUGGGACUCCAGAGUUCGUGGCCGACAAGCUCAUCCAAGCUGAGAGGAGAAAGGAAAGCACCAAGGAUGCACAAGUAUUAAGUGUUGCUGAAAGAUUAGGUCACAGUGGUUUACCAGUGUAUGAGUUUGAGUAUAAAGUUGAUAGUACCAGGGGAGGGAUGAAGAGGAUAUUUUCAGCUGCAUUUGUAGCUUCCAGAAAGCUCUAUCUUCUCAAUAUUGCCUACUCAGACCGUCCAGAUAAUCCCCUGGAUGGUAAAACUAGAAUGGUGUUGGAACAAGUUCUUCACUCUUUUGACACAGCAUAAACAUGAAUGCUUAAAUCAGAAAAGCUCAAACCUGGAAGAGGACAGCACUUUUGUGUCUUAAGUCGCUUUCAAUGCAAGUAUGAGGCCAGCAAAAUUUCACAAAGAUGCAUGGUGGUGCAAUCGACAUAAACCAACUGGUGUUUGGUUGUUCAUUUAAAGCUGCAAAAACUAUCACAACGAGGUCAGGCAAAUCAAAGAUUUAAGUUCAUUCUUAUGUUUGAAAUUCUUUUAUAUAUUCUGUCAAUUUCUCGAACAUAUAAGUUCAAUGAUGGUUUUGGUAGAUUAAGUUUCGUUUACAAUUUGUAUUAAAUUCAUUGUUUCUGAACAAUGGGGGUUGUAAUAUUUGUAAGGCUGAUCAAGAAAACUCCUGAUUCUAUAUGCAUCUGACUUAAAGAUCGUAUAGAGUCUUUUCUGUUAUUAAUAAGGUUAUCAGAUUUCUUCUUGA